UCCAGUUGUGAAGAAAUGUACCUGCUGUCCAGCGCCAGAGAGAAACAACAGUUGAGGUGUUCAUGUUCCAUCUUUUUAUCUCUGUCCACAGCCUCUGGACUCUCAACACCACCCACCACCCCAACCCAGGUGGCCAGCCAGCCUGUGUUCACCCAGGAGGCCCAGGCGAGCGGGCCCAGCCCCGAGCGCCUGGAGCCGAGGUCCAGAUCCCGCUCCCACUCCACACCUGCAGACACAGGACAGCGUCUCUUCCUCCCUUCCGCUAAACCCCCGAUCCCUUCCUCAAGCCCUGUGCCAGCUUACUCUACCUCACAACAAGUGUCCGGGUUAUUCGAAGGCAUGCUGGAGAAACUUGAACUGGAUGAUGAAGGUGAGUGCGAUCAUCUGCUGCUCUUUGUUGUCACUGCCUCCACCGACACAGGCUUCAGAAGAAGAUUGGUCCUCCACUGGUGUAGUAAGAAUGGAAAUAAUAAUACUAUAUAUGAUUAAAAGUUGAAAUAUGUUCUAAAUCAAUAUAAAGAUG